AUGCGUAACGUUGCUGAAUCCCCAGUACAACUGCCAUGGGAGUCAGAUGAGUGGGCCUGCAUUUUCGACCCUAAUCAUGAUUCCCUGGAUGCGAAAGACCAGGUUUGGACAGAGAAGCGAGAAGCUGAGUUGCAAAGAGCUCUCAUGAAAUGGGACACUAUUGUCAGAAAUUGGUACUCCUUUGACAUCGACGACCUCCACCCGAUCACGGUCAGCAAGCGUUGUUUGGGAGCCACUGGGGGUGAUUUUGCAAACAAGUUGAACCAAGCUUCACCCUUAACAGUUGCAGACAUUUGGCAUUUGCAUACAUGUUUGGAUAAUGGGGAUGCUUGGGACAAAGUGUUCAGUGGAGCUGCUCUUUUCUGCAUUUACGCACGUGCAAGAUGGAGUGAUUUCAUUCACGGUAAUUGCAUCAGAGUUGAUGUGCUGGAAUCUUCCGGCAAAGUGGCCUACGUGGACAUGGAGGUGCAAAUCCAUAAGACCAUGCAAGCAACUGCAAACAAGUUCAAGUUUUUGGAUUUGGUUGCGUCUGGCAGUGGAAUUUUUGGAGAUGAUUGGGUGAGGAGUUGGAUAGAUGCACUCAAGAACAUUGGUGUUGAUCCUUUUUCGAAUGAGCCCGGCAAGACUUUGAUGCCAGCGCCAGCUGAAGACGGUACAACUCUUCAACGGGCCUUGGAGAGCGAUGAGGCAAGUGUUUGGCUAAGAUUGAUGCUGGGUGAAAACGUUAAACGUAGUGAAAGCACACGGCAGAUCUCAUCACAUUCCCUCAAAGCAACCAUUCUUUCGAUGGCGGCAAAGCGGGGUUUGAAACACGAGGACAGGUUGGCCAUGGGGCACCAUGCACAUCCUUUUAGGAUGGCUGACACCUAUGCCAGGGACGCACAAGCAAGGACAAUCCGUUUGAUUGAUAAACUUUUGCUGGAAAUUAGGGCAGGAUAUUUUGAUCCUGACUCAACGAGGGCUGGGAGGUUCAACAAGAACUAUGCGCCAGACCCUUCAUUGGAUGUUGGUGCAGUCUCAUUUCUUGAGAGUGAUGUCGAGAGUGCUGCAUUGGACGCCCAAGUGGAUGAGGCGCUGGACAAUGCCUUGCAGAUAGUUGAAGAUGGACAGAUAGAAUUGGAAGAAGAGCAUUUUACAAGUUCUUCUUCCGACAGUGAUGCUGAGAGCGUUGAAUACAAUGCACCUGUCAGGAUGUUUUAUCCGCCAUCUGCACCUUUAGGUUUCCACUUCAUGCAGAACAAGAGGACCAAGACUCUUCACCUUGUUGAUGCGAAGUAUCCCCAUGGGACUUGUUGUGGCCGAGUGUUGGACAAGAACUUUUCAGUCGGCUUACAGCAAUUGGUGUCAGCAGACAAAGCAAUGUGGACCAUAUUGGCUAGAGAGUUGCCGACUGUCAAGCCAGACAAUACGGGAAAGAGGCCGCGGGAUGAAGCCAUUUUGAAGCUGAUGCAUGACCCUCGCAUCACCAUGUAUAUGCUGUCCCUUCCAAACAAAGGGCCAGCUUCCUCAGUGCAGACGCGGCCAGCCAGUACCUCAGCCACGACACCCUCUACGGUGCAGCCAAAGAAAAAGGCUAGACCCAGCAAGAAGAACAGGCAUCUGGACAGCCUCCCAAGUGCAGAAGAGGAGUUCACAUUUGAGAUGCCCAACACGCCUGAAGGCGCCCAGUUGGAAGAUAGUGUCACCGACUCAAGCGUGCGCAAAACAAACUUGCGUGGAGUGGCUGUGGACAAAGGCAUUGAACAACCGCAAACCAUAACACAGCAGAUUGCCCAGCGACGCACUACAGCAAUCAACUCGGUAGCUAUGGGCUUACUUCCCAGAGGUCAAAAGCUGAAACCUUUGGUCAGCGAGUUUGGUCAUUACGUACAAUUUGCUGUCAGGCCAGAUAUGGAUGCAAGCCGCAUUCUGCCACAACUCACAAAAGGAGCUCGGAUAAGAGACCGGAAACUUCUUACUGGGGGUGACAAGCGGGUUUCCGACUUAACUGGUGAAUCUCUGAAAUACUUGGAAGGAUUUCAUGUUAGCAAUGAGACAAAGGUUGAGCUUGUGACGUUUGGAAUCCCAAGAGAACCUUGGGAUUUUGUGAAAAAGGCUGCACAGGUUGGGCAUCCGAGAUUCUUGCCAUACGCGGGUUCAGAACAGCUUGAUGACUUGUUGCGGACAAACCUGAACCAUCAUGCUUGCGGCGUGGGCUUGAAGGUGUGGUGCAGCGCUUUCUUUGAUGACUUCCCAACAAUGGCAGCCGAUGCAGAAGCCGCUCAGACGGAUAAGUGCGUUGGCUUCCUGUUUGCCUUGCUUGGAGUGCAGUAUGCAAAGGAGGGCAAGAAAAACCAACCAUUCAGCAACGAGAUGAGAGCACUGGGCCUCAUCUUCGACUUGGCUGGGUUUGACGAAGGUGUUGUCUUUAUAAAGCACACGCCUGAACGCAGGUCAGAAUUGCUGGAGAGAAUAACAUCAAUCCUGAAAUCCAACGAGCUUUCCCCGAAGGAGGCCGAGUCAUUCAAGGGCAGAGUGCAGUGGUUUGAAAGUUUCUUGUUUGGCCGGACGGCAAACCUUGCUAUUCACCGACUUGGAAAAAGAGCCUUGAUGAAAGGUGGAAGGCAGGGACACAAACUCGAUGCAGAACUACGAACCUCCUUGGAAUUCCUCCGACACAGGGUUGAACAUGGAGCUCCUCUUCAACUUACUGCCAUAACGGAGCAGGCUAUUCUUAUCUUCACCGAUGGAGCCUUCGAUGAAGAGACAGGCAUCGGGUCAAUUGGUGGAGUCCUCUUGGAUCACAACGGCACAGCACUCAGCUACUUCAGUGAGAGGGUCCCUAACCUGCUAAUGGAACUUUUCCUGAAGGAGGCGGAAAAUCCUAUUUACCUGGUAGAGCUGUUGGCGGUGCAUGUUGCCGCUUUUCUUUGGGGUGGCCAGACGUUUGGCAGGUACAUCGUGAUGUACAUCGACAACGAAGCCUCUCGAAUGGCCUUGGUCAAAGCCUACUCCUCCACCCUUCUUGGAAACGUUGUGAUACAACUCUUUGUGCAAGAAGAAGACCAACAUCAAUGGAAGGUGUGGUUUGGAAGAGUUUGCAGCCACUCAAACAUAGCUGAUGGCCCCAGUCGUGGACAUGUUGAAGACAUGAAAGCUUGUGGGGCUAUGCACAGCCAGUGCGCAUGGGACGUGGUCAUAUGCUCACUGGAAGCAGUCGAGCACAGGCUCAGAUGGGGGUGA